AGUUAAAUUGUUUAGAUUGGCUAGGCCUUAUGGUGGUCUGUAUUCAGAUUUUAAAUACGAGGGAACACUAGCCCAAUCACAAUUAAAUGUAUUACAAUUACGACAUAGGCCUUCAAGGAAUUAAGCAAGAUAUGUCGCUCUGAAGGGCUUUCAGUUUGAGCAGGGUUAUCGGAAAUUGUAAAGUGUAAUCGUCUACUGCGUCCAGUUAGACACCGUUGACUUCACCACUAGAAGAGAGUCGACCUGGAGCCAGCAGUCUGCCGGGGGUUAAGGACCGACCCCCGUUUCCCUCCCCCUAAGCCUGACCAGCCGUGUAGGCCAAUCUGCGCCCCUCGUUCAUCAGCAUGACAAAGCACUGGGGGGGUCAGGGCUUGCUGGCACCACUCGCUAUUCCCUACCUGCCAUCAUCAGGAUUGGGAGCCCAUCGCGACCAUCAACUUGACUUCACCUUUGUUGAAAGGAGUGGUCACCACAAUGGCCCUCAGAGUCAUCCACAGAGCAACGUAGCGCGGAGCUCGUCAUUCCAAGACUGGCGAAGAAACCCAAACUUUCCGCCGGUGCUGAAGCGAGGAGCUCUUGCAGAAAGGACUGCCCCAGCACCACUGACCAGGGCCGCUGUGCCCAUGGAUACGGAUAUAUUAAAUGACCCUGCAUCUGGAUACUACGCAGAGGCCACGCAGGCCAAAAUGGAACCACCGGCCAAGCAGCAACACCAGACUGGCCUCGGCAACUCCUGGGAACAUGAUGGGAAUUCCAACGGGGGUAAAAAGAAGAAUUAUCAACGUUACCCAAAGCCACCGUAUUCGUAUCUCGCCAUGAUUGCUAUGGUUAUUCAGAAUUCUCCAGAGAAAAGGCUGACUCUGUCAGAGAUCUUGAAGGAGAUCAGCACACUAUUUCCAUUCUUCAAAGGAAAUUACAAAGGCUGGAGGGACUCUGUCCGACAUAACCUCUCUUCCUAUGACUGCUUUGUUAAGGUGCUCAAGGACCCUGGGAAGCCUCAAGGGAAGGGGAAUUUCUGGACUGUGGAGGUGAGCCGAGUUCCUCUGGAACUCCUGAAGCGUCAGAAUACCGCUGUGUCACGCCAGGAUGAGACCAUCUUUGCCCAGGACCUCGCCCCUUACAUCCUCCACGGGCAGCCUCACACCCAAAAGCUUGAGGCUGAGCAGCCCACCCCUCCCCUUCCCCCUGUUCCCAGCAGGCAUAGCUCGCCGCCCACCGAGGACCCGUACCGUCCCAAACUGGACUCGUCCUUCGCCAUCGACUCCCUCCUGCACAGCUUUCGGCCCCCCAGCGUCACGGGAGUGGAGGGGCUCCGGAGUCGAGACGGCUGGGGGGUGGAGCAACCGACCCCGCCCGCUCACCACCACCACCACCACCACCAGCACCACCCCGUCUCCCCGCCCUGUCUGCGCUACACCUCCUCCGCCCGCAGCGCUUCGGCCAGCUCGGCCAGCCCGGCGUCCUCCUCGUCCGACGACGACUGGAGGGGCCCCGCCCCGCCCGCCCGCAGCAGGAAGAGGGCCAACGAGAGCGAGGCGGGCUCCGACGGGUACGACGACUCCUGCCCGCCGCCCAACAAGUCGAUCCGGAGGGGCAGCGCUGCACCCUGGGAGCUGCCCACCUCCUACGCGAAGUACACGCCGCCCAACGCCGUCGCGCCGCCGAGCAUGCGCUUCAACGGCGGGCCCUUCGUGCCGUUGGGUGGACUGCCGUUCUACGGGUACGGGGGCCCGCCGGUUCCGUCGGGUCACUUUGUCAGCCACGGCUACUGGCCCAUUCUGCCCAGUGGGCACGUUUCGCUCCAAGCUCCGCCUCUGCUCAUGGACUUGGACAGCAUGCUGCAGUCGGUGCCACCCAAUAAAAGCGUGUUUGAUGUGCUCGGCACAGCCAAUCAGACGCAACACCCCCCACCAAACCAGUACGCCCUCCAGAAUGGCCCCCCUCUUACACGAUAUCAUCAGUAUUAAGACUUUAAUUAAAGUCCCCUUUCCUCCCCGCCAAAGAAGACACUUGCUCUCCUAUCUCUCAGUAGGCGUGGUCUAACAGUAGUCUGUUUACAGACAAAUUCUCAGGUUUGAGGCUUCAGGGAAAGUGGCUUCCAAACUACCAGUGAUUUGCUACCUCAGUGUUCAUGUACCAAUCUGAUCAAUAUGAACUCAUUACUGACCAAAGACUUUGCACUGCUAGUUUGCACUAUUUUUUCCUUUUUGUUUAAUAUGAAUGUUCCUUUUUUUAAAAUGAAACGUUUUAUAAAUGUUACCAGCGUCAAAUAUUUUAGAACCAUUGCAGGUGUUCGUUAUUGUAUUUUUAUGCUUGUUUAAAAUCGUAUGUAACAAACGAGGUUUGAAAUGAAUCAAAGUACAGGGUGUUCAUCUGUCUUUUCCUUGCUUUCUUGCUGUAACAGACUCUGUCAGUGACCCUAAAGAAGUGUGUGUUUGUGUGUGUUUGUUUGUGUGUGUGUGUGUGUGUGUGUGUGUGUGUAUGUAUGCGUUUACAUUUUAUUUUACUCUGUGCCUUAA